AGAAUAAAUAGAAGGCUUUGCUGAGUCAACCGUAUUGUUGUCCUAUCAGAGUUAAGAGAGGGAAAGUACCUUUGCAAAUAAAUAUUGGCUCCUCUCCUCAUGCUUUCUGAGACACUCCUCAACUGCUCAGAUAUUCUGAGCCAACUGCAGAGAAACCUUCAGUCGCAGCAUCAUGAAUCAAAGUACUCUUAUUCUCUGCCUUAUUAUUCUGACUCUGAGUGGAACUCAAGCAAUACCUUUGUCAAGAACUACACGCUGUACCUGCAUCAGUAUUAGUGACCAGCCCAUUUAUCCAAAGUCAUUAGAAAAACUUGAAAUUAUUCCUGCAAGUCAAACUUGUCCACAGGUCGAGAUCAUUGCCACAAUGAAAAAGAACAGGGAGAAAAGAUGUCUGAAUCCAAAGUCUAAGACUGUCAAAACUUUACUGAAAAUAGUUAGCCUGAAAAGAUCUCAUAGAACACAGCGAGCAGCAUAAUCACUGUACUAAGGCUGGACCAGAGAGAGACUGCCUCUUCAUUCAUUUCUUCACAUACAAUAUAUACCAAGCCUCGGUUGUCUCUGGACUACAAUUCUCCUAAACAUGACCUACUGAAGUAGCUGCUACAACUCCUGAAGGGAAAAUGAAUGGUUUUCAUCCUAAGCUGUUCAAGUUUACUCUGAUACUAUAUAAGCUAUGCUAAAUCUCUACAUUCCUAGUGACUGUGUCAUAGCCUGGCCCGGCUACUGCCAUUUCCUUUACCUUUCCUAUUUUCUUUUUUUUUUUUUAAUUUUUAAAUUUUUUUUACAUAAACACCAUUCCCACCACCAAAAGACUGUAUCCCAAUCCCAACCACCCACCCCUGCCCCACUGAGAAGCCCAAUGGACACCCUCCCCUUCGCCACAGGGCUUUUACUUUGGUGCCCUGCUCUCAAUUUAAUCAGAUCCUGCUUUUAGUUUCCCUUUCUGUUCUUCUUUCUAAUACCUUCCCUAUUUUCUAAGGGAUAUUAAAGGAUCUUUCUACUUCUAGGUUUAUCAGAGUUCUUAAAAAUCUCAAAUAACUAAAAAUGGUAAAAAGUAACAGUACAAUCUACUUUUUAAAGAAAUCUUUACUCCAAAGACUUCUAUUGCCAUCCUUCCAAAUAGCUCAUAUUCUUCCAAGGGUUAUACAUAGCUAUUUCUACAUACUCCUUGUAUAUAUGUAGAAAUGUCAUAAAAUGUAUAUAAAAUUUAAUGAAAGAGUAUACAAAAUAUAAUUCUUAGAUAUGUUUUUAUAUUGUUUUCAAUAUUUAUGGACUAGGCUGUGUAAUUACUACACAUGAGUGGGCAAAGGGGAAAAUUUUAAACUUACAUGCAUGUUUUAUAUUUUUUGUAAAACAAGUGUGUUGGUAUUUUUCAAAAUAAAAAUGAUGUAUUAUUUUGGAAAUAUCAAGGAAAAUGGUGUUAUUGUUAGAAAGCCAAAAGGUAAAUAAAGUAAUUAUGACUAAAGUA